UCCCCUAUUUCACUAGCAACAGAUUAUUUUUAAGACGACCUUUCCCCUACUUUCACUAGCAAAACACUGCAUGCACAUAAACAACCAGAAAGCUUCUCCUAAAAGCAAACUACUACAAUGGCGAGCUAUGCGGAUAUGGAUGAGGAGACUCUACAAGCAAAGUUGAGUGAUGCAGAAUCGUAUGAAGAGCGAUCACUCAUUCGACAAGCCCUUCGUCAGAAGAAAAAGGAACGUGGUGAGCUAGUCAAGAGAUCACGAGGUGGAGGUUCUGUCUAUAACAGGUUCGCUUCAACCACAAGGUCCACGGCACCGUCCCCCAAGAACUAUGUGGCUUCUGCCCAGUCCGUGAAACCCAACACUGGGACCCCCCCACGCCGUGCUACUCCAGUAGAGCAAGUGGAUGUGCCACCACAUGUUGAGGAAGACCCUCAGCCAUCACCCCCUCCACGAGAGCCUACGCCCCCUCCUAGAGAACCCACACCCCCUCCACAAGAGCCCACACCCCCUCCACAAGAGCCCACUCCCCCUCCACAAGAGCCCACACCCCCUCCACAAGAGCCUACUCCAACUCCACCAGAUACACCCCCUUCAGAAGAGGAGGUGGAGGAGUUGGAUGGAUGUAUUGACCCAGGUGUGGGGGAGGAGGGUGUGUCCCAGUCACCACCCCCUGCAGAGAUGGAGGAGGAGGAGGAGAGUGUAGAGACCCCCCACAAGACUAGAGAUAGGACCAUUGAGGAGGACACUGAUGAUGUCAGGUCAGGAGCUCAGACUAAGGGAGGCAACUUUGGAGUCAAGCUCAAAGCAACACCUCCCAAGACUCAGAGCAAGCCUCCCACUCGGCCAUCUCCCAGUGCUGCUCCACGCACACUGAGGGACUAUCAGGAACUGUCUGCUCGCUCCAAGGCUUCACGACCUUUGACCCCUGAUGACCGCCCCAUUGUAGGGGGUGAGCUGCAACAGUAUCUGGUGGCAUAUGUCAACAGAGAGUUGGGACUCCGCCCACCAUUACCAGCCAGGGGGAGGGCACUAUUUGAGACUGCUGCUGACCCUGCUAACCUCUGUAAGCUGAUCAACAAGUCUGUGAGGGACACAGUGGACCUGAGGGCUCUCACCAAGAUGCCCACCAGAGGUUCAGCCACUGCCAAGAAAGAGGCUCUAGAGGAGAACAUGAUGUUAGCAGUUGAGUCAGCUCGUGCUAUUGGGUGCAGAGUGAGUGAUGACACAGGGAGCAAGAUACUCAGUGGGGACCCGGACAUCAUACGUGCCUUCCUUGUGGACCUUAUCAGAGCUAGAGUGGUCCACAUGCCUGCCAUGGAUGAUGAGCCUAGCUCCACAUUCACCAAUCUGCCACUACUCUUCUCUAAGCUGGAUAUCUGCCUCGAGUCAGUGGAUGGCGGGGGAGAUGUGGGGGAGGAGGCCACACCCACGGACACACCCCCUAGUCAAGAGAAAGAGGCUGUGACAUAUGAAGAGAGAGCAGCAAUGAGGAAAGAGGAGAGAGAGAGGAAGCGCAGUGGUGAACCAGCAGACCAGGGACAAGAAAUGACUUAUGAGGAGAGAGCUGCCAAGAGGAGGUUGGAAAGAGAGAGACGAAGAAAGGAGCGAGAGGCUCUGGCAAAGUGAACUUCAUUUUAGAAUCAUUUCCCACAAUCUAAUUUGUGCUAGCAACUAAAUCAGUUUUUACACACAGUGUAUGCAUAGCCUCACUUGUUGAACAAUAUAGUUUUUUGAGACAGUCAUUAAAUGUCAAUAAUGAUUCUAAUAGCAGAUGAAAAACAAGUUAAACUGUAA